AUGGCGAUGUUCUCUGGUGACGAUUGCCAAUCGUCUUCUUCCAAGAAAGUGCAAGUACUACGACAUUUGUAUUAUACCAGUGGUCGUCAUUAUUGGGAAGUGCUAAUCGAGCACAUGGUAGAUCCUCAACAUGUCGUCGUUGGCAUAGCGCCAUCCGAAGCGUUUGAAAUUGGAGCUAUAGAGGAAGCAGUAGGAUACGCUGCUACUGGUUUUAUCUUGCAUAGCGGGCUAGAAAUAUGUAGGGUUCAAUCUUUUGCUGCGGGAGAUACCGUUGGGGUGUAUCUGGAUAUGAAUACACAUGAGGUGGCGUUUUUUCUGAACGACGAAGCGCUGCUGGAUCCACGAGAAACGGAUGAUGAUGAUGUGACCAUUGAUUACGGUGAGACAGCGCCUGGUCGAGUGGUUGGAGCUGGCAUUGCACAAGAGGUCGUAGAGAUGAAAGCACCUGCAUACGCUGUAAAUACUAGGAGGGUCUCAUGGUUUUCAUUCCAAUCUCGAACGGUGUUCGCAACAAUCAAAUUCUCCUCCAAAGCAGACAAUUUUGUCGUUAUGGGAUCAGACGUGCCCACUGGCUAUCGAUAG